UUUAACUUGUGCAAUGGCUGCCCAUUUUAAAUCCUUGUGUGCUGCGUUCGAUGCUGGCUUCCUUUCCGAGGAUGCCAUGGUUAAGGUUUGUGAGCAGCUGCACAAUAUGAUAACUUCCGGUGAAGUGAUUCCUGAAGAAGAAGACAUUGUGCACUUCCGGCGUCUUCGUGAUGUGGUGGGUACCAUUCAAACGCGCCUGCUUCAACAAAAUGUGAAUUCCCAUCACGUUGCUGCUAUAGCAAACAAUCCGCAGUCGCAGCCCCUCGACCUCUGUGUGAAAAAUGAAGUUUCGCCGUCCACUAGCCGUCAGCUUCAAGGAGAGCAAUCUCAGCCCCUUGAUCUCACUGUAAAACAUCCACCGUUGCCAUCUGCCCCUGGCGACUACAAACCCCAAUCGCAACCCCUCGAUCUCUGUGUGAAACAUCCACCGCAACCUUCCGUUUCGGCUUCCCAUGCAAAGCCUAAGCGAAAGCAUGCUGCUCCGUGUGUAAAUAAUAUUCUUAACCCUCAACCAUCAACAUCGAGACUACAACCAACCGCACCUAUAGUGCCCUGUGUAAAUAAUCUGAACUCCGAACCCUCUACUUCGGGUCUACACCAAUUAUCACCCCAAGUUGGCCGUGGAGUACCUCGACGUUUCUUAGUGUUGUCAGAGGGAGAGCGGGUAAUAAAGAAAUUCAACUUGACAGCCCAACAGUUAACUAUCAAGUUUGAUGAUGCGGAGCCCAAUGAAGCACCUCUAGAAUGGCUUAAGAAAUCACUGACUGCGCUUAUUAAUUAUAUAACUAAGAGGCGUAGUGUGAGUGAUCGCAUUGGAUUAAUGCUGACAAAUAGCGAGUUUCCUGACAACCCUCUUGGAUUUUCAUUCCGCCGUAUCGACCAACUGAAUGCUAACGUCAUGCUGAAGACCAUGGACAAGGUUAUGCAAAGUAAUAAGGCGUUCUUCUCCAGCGAUGCACUACGGGUUGACGUGAGUCUAAUUACCCUCCCUAAUGGCAAGGGGCGGCAACGCAUGACGGGUGUUACUUUUGAGGAGUUCUCGCAGCGAAAACACGGUAUCAUUCUCAUUAACAACAAUGAUACUCUGUGCCUCGCUCGUGCGCUGGUCACCGCCAUAGCUUUCCGUACCAACUCUAUAGAUCUGCCCUACCUGAAAGUUGGCCAUGCUCUUCAGGCAGAAAAAGCUGUUGAAUUGUGUGCUGCGGCAGGCGUAGAUUUGAGUAACGGAGGGACCAUUGAACACAUACGCCAGUUUCAAGACCACCUCACGGACUAUACGAUCGUUGUCUACAAUCAUCGGAUGGGCAAAACGGUGUAUUUUGAAGGUCUACGAUCCCCUCAGCGUCAAGUGCUAAACCUCCUCAUGGAGAAUGAACAUUACAAUGUGAUUACAAGCCUAACGUCCGCGUUUAGUUGUGGCUACUUUUGUGAGUCGUGUCGUGUACGCAUGAGUGAACGUAAGGCUCACAAAAACUGUAAGUACAUUUGUCCCUGUUGUCACAACAAUCCCCCGUGCAACAAGGAUGUUGUGAACAUUAAGUGCGCGGAGUGUAAUCGCGAUUUCCGGGGACAGGAGUGCUAUCGCUAUCAUAAAGACCAGAAUUUAUGCUUGCAAGUACGUCGAUGUCGGACGUGUUUAGCUACGGUAUGGAAGUCGAAGAAGGCUCACAAGUGCGGUUUCAAGAAAUGUGUCACAUGCCAAGCUGAUCGGCCAAUACGUCAUCUGUGCUACAUGGCAAAGAAUACCCCAGACCAAAAGAAAUUAAGCAAAGACUUUGUGUUUGUUUUCUAUGACUUUGAGUGCCGUCAGGACGAGCAGUUUGAAAAUCGUGUUGACACUUACGUCCAUGUGCCCAACUUAUGUGUCGCGCAACAACUGUGUAAGUCAUGCAUCACAACCAAUACAAACAUUAAUAUCCCUUGUGAUAAAUGUGGUCCUCGACAACACAUAUUUAAACAAGACCCCGUUAAUGAACUUUUAAGUCUCGUGUCCUCGUUAGCCAGGAAAAGUCGUGACGUCGUGGCUAUUGCUCACAACAGCAAAGGGUAUGAUAGCAUCUUCAUUUUGAAGGAAAUGAUGAAAACUCCUUCAGCAUGGAAUCCUGACAUCAUCGCCACGGGCACAAAAAUUACAUCAUUGACGUGUAAUAAUAACGUGCGAUUUAUCGACAGUUUGAACUUUAUGCCCGUCCCGUUAAGUGCGCUGCCGAAAACGUUCAGUUUCCCUGGUUGUAAAGGCUACUUUCCACACUUUUUUAAUACUUUGGAAAAUGCUAAUUACAUCGGACCUUUACCCGCUCCACAUUUCUACGGUGCCGAAGAAAUGUCUGCUAAAAAUCGCGAGGAUUUCUUAAAAUGGUACAACACCGAAGUGUCGCGCGGAGCAGUUUUCGAUUUCCAAUCGCAAAUUGUGCAGUACUGUGUCCAAGACGUCAAUAUCUUGCGCCAGGCGUGCGUGGAGUUUUGGAGCAAGUUUGUGGAAGAGAAUAAGGUGGACCCAUUCCGUGAGUGCUGCACUAUUGCCUCUGCGUGCAGCCUGGUGUUUCGCCGAAACUUCCUUCAAGAGGAUACGAUUGGGCUCAUCCCACAUGGCGGGUACAGGAUGGCUGACAACCAAAGUGGAGUCGCCAUCAAAUGGCUUCUUCAUCUGCAAUCCACCGAGGUCCCCGACCUUCAACAUGCCGGGAAUACUCGAGAGGUGCGUUUACCUGAAGGAAUUUUGGUCGACGGUUAUUCGUCUAGCACCAACACCGUGUACCAGUUCCACGGCUGCUAUUUUCACGGCUGUGAGACAUGCUUCCCGGACCAGACGACGCCACUAAAGGGCAACAGAACUGACACAAUGAGCACACGGCGUGAGAAGACCGAAGCUAUUUCCAGCCGAAUAAACUCUGCGGGAUACAAUUUGAUUGAAAUGUGGGAGUGCAACUUCAAAUCAUAUCUCACUAAUAAUCCUGAGGUCGCUAACCGGCUAAAUGGAAAUAAUGUUUUAAGGCAUGAGCCCCUAAAUCCUCGUGAUGGUUUUUUUGGCGGCCGAACAAAUGCCGUCAAGCUGUACCACAAGGCCGAAAAGGGGGGCGAAAUAAGAUACUUGGACGUGUGCUCCCUCUACCCCUACGUGAACAAGUAUGGAAAGUACCCUCUGGGCCAUCCCCGUGUACUUAUAACGCCUGAAGAACUACGGACCGUCAACCUAAACACUGUAGAAGGCAUGGUUAAGUGCACAGUUCUUCCGCCCCAAGAUCUUUACCAUCCCGUGCUUCCGUACAGGUGCCACGGCAAACUGAUGUUUCCCCUGUGUCGUACAUGUUGCGAAACAAUGCAGCAAGGGGAAUGUGAGCACCCUGAAGAGGAGCGGCAAUUCGGUGGGACAUACGUGGCCGACGAGCUACGGAAGGCCAUUUCGUUGGGAUACGUUAUUGCCGACCUUCAAGAAGUGUGGGAGUAUGAGACCACCCAAUACGACCGUGCCGCAAAAAGCGGCGGUUUAUUCAGCGGCUACGUCGACAAUUUUCUGAAGACCAAGCAGGAGUGUAGUGGAUGGCCAGCCUGGUGUGUUGACGAUGAGGCGUGUAUGCGCUACCUGGCAGAGUACCUCGAACACGAAGGGGUUCAACUUGACCGGACCAAGAUUCAAGUGAACGCAGGUCUUCGCUAUAUCGCCAAAUUGUUCCUCAAUUCUUUUUGGGGAAAGUUUGGUCAGCGGGACAAUCUCUCAAAGACUGCCAUUGUCUCGGAAGCUGAGAAGUUCUUCCAAAUGCUCACUGACCCGGCCGUGGAACUCAACUCGAUCAUUCCCGUGAACGACGAGACCCUAAUCGUCAACUGGACUCUCCCGGAGGAAGCAGUCGAGCCCCUGAAGACCACCAAUGUGGUGUUGGCAGCUUAUACAACCGCCCAUGCCCGCCUUAAGCUGUACAGCUACCUCGAGUAGCUGGGUGAUCGGGUCUUGUAUUUCGAUACAGACUCGGUAAUCUUCACUGAGAAGCCGGGAGAAUGGUCGCCACCUUGCGGAAACUUCUUAGGCGACAUGACGGAUGAAAUUGAGUGCUAUGGUCCAGAGAGCCGUAUUGUGGAAUUCGUAAGUGGCGGUCCCAAAAACUAUGCGUUUAAAGUGUUUUCCCCCCGCGACAAUAAACAUAGUGUAGUUAAGUUAAGUUAAGGGCAUUUCCCUGAACUAUAAAAACAGUGCCGUGGUGAACUUUGACUCUAUUAAAGACAGUGUAUUGAACAAUGCCCCAGAGACCUAUGUGGAAACGGACCGUCGCAUAGCUCGCACGUGUGCCUUUGAUGUCAUCUCCAGACCGGAGAAGAAAAGGUACCGCGUCGAGUACACGAAGCGGCGUCGUUUAGAGCAGGGGUAUGACACACUGCCAUACGGGUAUAAAACGUAAUUUUUUGGGUACUUUGUAAAUAUUAGAUUAGUUUUGUAAAUAUAAGGUUAGUGUGUACAUAUUUAGUUUUUUAAGUUUGUAAAUACGUUCUGUGGACUAGGCCUACAGGGGAACACCACAUUAAAAAAAACGCGCCGUGAGAUCGACGUCACGGGGUGUUUGGUGUUUCUGUCGCAGUUGAGUGAUUUUAACCCCGCAG